AUGAGGAAGAGGAAGUCGAGAGGACUCGAAGUAACCGAAAACCUAAUACGAAUAGCAUUGUCUGUGGUAAAGUCGAAAUCAGCAGCUCAGCAAUUUGAACACCAAAUAGCAGCACAUAUUGCUACAGGGAGUGAUUUAGGUGAUCUUGGUCAUAGUAGAAACCAUUUCAACGAAAUUCUGUCGACAAUAAAUGUGUGGCUUGACAAACAAACAGCCAAGCAAAUUGCAAAACCCUUGCCUUCAACCGGUUUCCAGCCUCAUUUCUAUGUUUCUUGUGAUAAAAGCACUCCUCAUAGAAUUUCCAACCACGCCAUUAUGAUAUGCCCAGUGGUUAGUGGAAAGCGUGUCGCAAUUCCAGUAAAUUCGCCUGAGGUUUAUCCAAAAGAUUCGUUGAAUAAAGACGGUGUUUCUGGGGGUUGUGCAGACCAGCUCGCAAAACAAGUUGUCAAAACCAUUAAAGAAUCCUAUGGUGAAGAAGAAAGCUUCGAUCUGAAAGCAACCUGGCAAGGUACCUGUUGUGAUGGACAAUAUCAAGCAGAUGGAUUUAAAACUACCAUUUAUCAAGAGCUUGGUGUCCUGAUUGAUCCUGUGUUUUCAGUGGUAGUUUGGGACCAAUCCCAUUGGAUAAAUCUUGCCAUACUCGAUAUCAAAGAUGGAAAGAUUGGCUCAUCGUCUGGCUUCUUGACAUCUCUUGUGAAGAGGUCAAAGAACAUCCAUUCAACGUUCCAAAGGGGAAAGAUGCUGAGUAGUGUUAUAGCACUCGCAAAUUCCGAGAAGCUCGAGCUAAAGAUGACAAGAGGCAAUUGA